AUGUUGGUACGUGGAGCCAGAAGAAACGUUGUCAGACUCGCCCAAUUGCCCGUGGUAAGAGCAUCGUACGUGCGCUUGAACAGCACUGCGUCUUCGCCUGCUCCUGUGGACCCCAAAAUCGCUAAAAUUGUGGAAGAUAUUUCAAAAUUGACCCUCCUGGAGACAAGUUCGCUAAUUAGUGAGCUGAAAACUCAACUCAACAUUCCUGACAUCGCUAUGCCCGUUGCGGGUGCUGUACCAGCCGGCGGAGCUGCUCCAGUAGCUGCUGAAGAAGCCAAGGAAGAAGAAGUGAAAGAAGAAAAGACAAUUUUCUCUAUAAAGCUCGAGUCUUUCGAUGCCAAGUCUAAGCCAAAGGUCAUCAAAGAAGUGAAAAAUCUUUUGGGACUGUCAUUGGUGGAGGCUAAAAAGUUUGUAGAAGCGGCCCCCAAGAUAUUGAAGGACAACGUGGCCAAGGAGGAUGCCGAUAAGAUCAAGGCCGCUUUGGAAGGCCUUGGUGCCAAAGUCGCAUUGGAGUAA